AUGAGUGACGACGGGCUGCUGAUGGACCUGCCCGGUGGUGAGCACCAGUUUGAGAUCCUGGUGGACAUCGACGGAGUCCUGGUCAACGACCAACUGCCAUUGGCAUUGCGUUCCAGGCCCAGCGACAGCGCCAGCGGCCCCUGGGCCUUCGAUGACGGAAGUGCACGGCACCUGGAUGUCUGCGAGCAGAUGGCGUGGGACAGAGGGAGUCCACUCGACGUGGGCAGCGACGUGAACAGCGUGGGUACGCCCGCUGUUGGCAUGGUCGCUCCAGAGCGGCCUGCGCUGCGUCCGGGGGCUGUUGCGGGUAUGAGCGAGGCGCAGAAGAGGGCUGCGGGGCACUUGCAAGUCCAUGCGAAGACCAACGCGGCGUUCAUGUUGUGCGGCUGCGACCCCGACGACCAGCCGUGCCCCGUGGUCUCGGCGGGGCAGACGGUGCAUUUCGAUCGCAGGCCUAGCGUGAACUGCCUCGCGAAGGAGGACAACAUCAUCUUUUGGGAGGUGCUGCCUGCCGGGAUGCCGCCGGCGUUGCUGGGGGCGGCGCCCAGCAUUUUCGUGCCCCGCCUGGUCGAGGAGGUCGUGAGGGGCGUGCACUCGGUUCUGUGGGCGGGCCACCGGGUGGGGCCCAACUAUGACGUCCCGCUACAGGAUGCCAUGGAGCGGCUGGCGGAGGGCGGGAGCGUCGAGGAGCGAUUCGAGUACGUAAUGGAGGUCUUUUUCCGGGGGCGGAACCGGGCGUCUACGGCGCACCUCGGGUACGAGCUGAACGAGGGGUUCCGCGACUUCGUGGUGCGGUCGGGGGCGCGGUGGCCGGGGAUGGUGCUGUCGCGGGAGGCGAUCGGGAUGCUCCUGGUGAAGUAUAACAGGGACGGCUCGAGGCGUGUGGAGGGUCGCCCGUGA